AAACUAUGCAUAACUGUGCUGGCCUCUCAUGUGUGCUCUUAUCAGGCCCUCGAGCACAUUUAUAGGUCAAUGUAUCAACCUCAGUCAUCAAUCAUUUACCCUUUUAUUACAUCGUGCAAUGUCCAAAAUCUAAAUAAUCUCGUUGAGAAUAAGGGUAGAUUAUUUUUUAAAUUUUAGUGGGAUAUUGGUCUGUUUUUAAUUUUCCAAAGCAGACUCGUGACAUAUGCAGGCAGGGGCGUGACUAGGGCGCAGGGGGGCGUGUUUCUCCGCUGCUCUCUCCCCUCGCUGUGAUCCUACCAGGAAAAGGCAAGAGAAGACGCUGUAGUGCCCGCACAGGACGAGCACUGCGGAGGGGAAAGAGUGCAACGGGACAGCUCCACCAUCUCCACCACCACCUCCACCACCACCGUGAUCGGAUAUGUCAGCUCGGUCACGCUCUCCAUCUGCACCCGAUCUCAACUCCACGGACACUUGCCGUACCUUUUCACUCACACUUAUUAUGCUUUUCUGAAAUCUUCCUGCUCCAGUCCCCUCUCUUUUUUUUUUUUGCCUUCUACCUCCUUCUUCUCCACCGUCCCGUUAUCAGCAUGGACAAGACGGUGUGUAGUAGUAACAGCCCGCUCCACGAUAAGACCUCCUCCGCUGCGCCUGCAUCCGACCGCGGGAACUCGUCCAUAAGAAAGCCCGGGACAGGAGCGAACAACCGGGGACCCUCUUCUUGCGGCAGCACCAAUGCCCUGCUCGGGAACAGCAUGAAUCCACAAUCACAACAGCCUCAGCAGCAGCAGCAGCAGCAGCAGACACGCAAAAGGCAGCUGGAGGGGGUGCUCAGCAAAUAUACGAACCUGAUCCAAGGCUGGCAAAACAGGUACUUUGUUUUGGACCCUGAUCUGGGACAGCUGCUGUACUUUGUGAAUGAACAAGGAAAGAGCCAGAAGCCGCGUGGAUCGCUGCCUCUGAUUGGUGCGUCCGUAACCCCAAGCGAUGAGGCCCCGUACAUGUUUAUAGUGAGCUCUGUGAAUGGAGAGCUCUUCAAACUUAGAGCCUCUGACGCCAAAGAACAGCAGUUUUGGAUCAGUCAGCUCCAGGCCUGUGCCAGACGCCACUCAGACAGCAGUGCCAAGGUAAGGAAGCUGAAAGGGUCUGAUGAGCACCUGAGUGUGGAGCGGGCCGGGGGCGGACAGGAGGGGCUGGCCCCUUCCAGCUCAGGACGUACACGCAGCUUCUCCCUCCUCCCUCACAUCACCCCCUCGUCUUCCCCGGCAACGCAGCGACACCUGUGCUCCAUGGCGACGCCUGGAAACAUCGUCACCAUCACGCACCACAAAUCCCCUGCUGCUGCGCGCCGGACGAAGAGCCAGUACCCCGGACGCCUCCACCAGGUCAAAGAGGUGAUGUCCCAGGCAGAGGGCCAGCAGAAGAGCCUGGUACAGUCCAUUGACUCUCUCCCAACCAAAGGCCCCCUCUCCUGCCUGGACCACGACCUGCUGCUGCUCAAAGCCACGUCCGCCGCCACACUGAGCUGCCUGGGAGAGUGCCUCAACAUCCUCCAGCAGACCCAGACCAACCCCACCGCCCCUGCCCCGUCACAGGCCUCUCAGAGGAACCACAGCGCCCCCUCUGAUGGUGCUCCUGUGUGGACUGUCCCAAAGUCCCCCUCAGUGGAGCAGAUGAGGAACGGUCUGACCCCUCUGCACUCAGCAGAGCCCUCCCCGGACUCCCGAAAACGCAGCCUGCCCCAUGGAGCUGAGCAGCAGUCGGGGCUGGAGGAGCUGAGUCCAUGUGAAGAGCUGACAGACUCUGAGGACAACGAGGAAGAGGACCUGGGCGUCCUGGACGAUCAGAGGAGCAUCAUCCUGCACCUGCUGUCACAGCUCAAACUGGGCAUGGACCUCACACGGGUGGUUCUGCCGACGUUCAUCCUGGAGAAGCGCUCGCUUUUGGAGAUGUACGCUAACUUCAUGGCCCAUCCCGACAUGUUUCUGUCCAUCACCUCUGGGACCACCGCCGAGGAGCGCAUCAUCCGAUUCGUGGAAUACUAUCUCACUGCCUUCCACGAGGGGCGGAAAGGGGCUGUGGCCAAAAAACCCUACAACCCCAUCCUCGGAGAGACAUUCCACUGCUCAUGGGACGUACCACGGGACAAAGUCAGGACCGGGAAUCGAACCAACAACCCCGGCUGUGCUCAGGGGCCAGGCAGGGGUCAGAAUAACACACAGGGGGAGGAGAGUGGACCAUAUAAAGUGCGGUUUGUGGCAGAGCAGGUUUGCCAUCACCCCCCUGUGUCUGGGUUUUACUGUGAGUGCAGAGAGCGCAGGAUGUGUGUCAACGCCCACGUCUGGACCAAGAGCAAGUUUAUGGGCAUGUCCAUCGGGGUGUCCAUGGUCGGGGAGGGUGUGUUAUAUUUGCUGGAGCAUGAUGAGGAGUACGUGUUCACUUUGCCCUCUGCUUAUGCCCGCUCCAUCCUCACUGUGCCCUGGGUCGAACUCGGGGGAAAAGUCUCCAUCAGCUGUGCCAAAAGUGGAUAUUCUGCAACGGUCACAUUUCACACCAAACCUUUCUACGGAGGGAAGGUCCACAGAGUGACAGCGGAGGUGAAACACAACCCGACCAACACCAUUGUGUGUAAGGCUCAGGGUGAGUGGAAUGGGACCCUGGAGUUCACCUACAGCAGCGGAGACACCAAAGUCAUGGACACAAACAAACUCCCCGUGACCAAGAAGAAGCUCCGGCCCAUGGACCAGCAAAACCGCACCGAGUCCAGGAGGUUGUGGCAGCACGUCACCAAGUCUCUGAAGGAAGGAAAUAUAGACGAAGCCACGGAGCACAAGCACAGACUGGAGGAGAGGCAGCGGAGCGAAGAGAAACAGAGGAAUGCCAACAACAAACCCUGGACCCCAAAAUACUUCACUAAAGAGGGUGAAGGCUGGGUCUACAACACUCCUCUGUGGAAAUCAACCUGAUGGUGGCGCUGUUCCUCUCAGACGGAAACACAAGCUGCUUCUUCAGAGGUCAACCUGGAUGACCUUUGAACCACCUUUGGAGAUGUGGACACUGACCCGAUUCCGUUUCUUAGAAGAGGUGUUUCUAAUGGGAGAAUAAAGAAGUAUAGGUUUGGGCCGCAUCCUAUUUCUGUUCACUUGCCUCCUCAGUAGACUCUGUACAGCGCUAGGCAACCGCACUGUUAGCAUCACCACUUCCUGUCCACUUGUAUGUCUAUUUUUUUUUGCUGAGUCAUGCUAAAAUUUAUAAAUAUUUAAAGAUCAGGCAGUGAACAGGGAACUGUGAGCAGUGAGCAGGUUAAAAAGUACAAGUAUAUAAAAUGAAUACUCGAGUGGAGGACUCUUCUGUGUUUAGAAAGAGAGAUAUUUGUGUCUCAGUGCUAACGCUAAUGCUAAUUUUGAGGCAUAACAACUAUGAAAACUGAAGUAUUUUACACAUAAACAAUUGAGUAGUCUUGAGUUUAAUUAAUUUGAAUUUUAAUAUGAUGUUUAUUUUAUAUUUUACUAUUUUAAUAAAAGAAUAAUAGUUAGCUUGGAGACACAAUUACUCAGCUGUCAAUCAUCUCGAGUGAGGUAAAGAGAGCCGUUAGAAAAAACGUGCAUCUCAGUGGGCAGGAUUUAAGAAUUUAGAAAUCGCCCAGGAGAGAAAUGUACAGAAAUGGGAUGCAGCCUUUACCGAAGCAAGUUUUGAAGAAAUUGGAUUCACCCUGUAAGGACAACAAGGUGCCAAAGGAAUCCAAGAAGUACUGUGUUGGACUGGAGUUUUUCUACACAGAGUUAAAGACUAUUGAAGUAACUGACAUUAGAGUAUUUCUAUUUUUCACUUUGCCAAGGCCUUUUUUGCACAUGCACAGUACUGAAGUUCACCACUAGUGUUUUAUAUAAAUGUACAAAUGUGAUCACACCGUUUUGGUUCAGAGCUUUUGGUUCAUCGUGCAGCAUUUGAAUGAUUCAUUAACGUGUUAAAGGUGCAUUGUGUAACUUUUCUGGUGGAGGUUCUUCUACCUGCUUGUCUCCAUGGAGAUGUUAUUGUUUAGUCUGGAAUGUCUCAGUUUGGCAUUUAACAUGACCAGCUUGCGUUUACUCAAUAACACUUGGGUUUUUGUUGACCAUUCUUACUGUGGGCUCGCCUCUCCACAGAUCUGACGUGAAACUUGGGCCUCUGGUGUCACCUUCUGUCUCCUUAGAGAUAAAUAAGUGUAAUGCCAUACUGUGGAACAUUCUAGGUAAUAGUACCUUCAAAAGAAACAGGUUUGGGCAGGGGCGCACUAGCAAACUGUGCCAUCUGGAAAAGACCGUCCUCAAUUUUUUUUCGUGGGCCGAUUUGUGGGUUAAAAUGUCCAGGGCUGUUUUUUGGUCCUAGUCCAUCCCUGGGUUUCGGACUCUCCACCUGAAAAGUUACGCAAUGCGCCUUUAAAGGUGGAUUGUGAAACUUUUCCGGUGGAAGAUCUGUCAAAUGCUUUUCUCCAAUGCGAUGUUUCACAAUAUGAUAUUAAACUUGUCUAUUUUCAUGGAGACUGAACCAGGUCAGAUCUGUGGAGAGGCGACCCCGCUCACAGUCAGAAAGCCUGUUUUUCUUGGUAUUUUAACCACAAAAUCCACCUGUGAUUGAAUAAAUGUAAUGUAGAGCUGUUUAAUGUCAUACUGUGGAACAUUCCAGGCAAAGCAAUGACAUAUCCAGAGAAACAAGCAGGUGACGCACCACCAACAAGAAAUUUACAUAGAGCAUCUUUAUCUGUUCCCUUUUAUUAUCACAGAAGAAUAUUCCUUUCUGUAGCUUUACUUUUCACCGAUUAGAAAAGUCUUAGAAUUUUAUAAUAACUGCACCUUAACUAACCUUAAUAAAGCAUGAAUAUAAUGAACAAAUACUUUACUAAGAAUGAUCCAGGCUCAGUAACUACGUAAAAGUGCAUUAUGUAACUUUUCUGAUACAGGGUCCACAACCUGAGUGUCUCCAUGGAGAUGUUAUUGCUUUGCUUUGAAAGUUCCACAGUAUCCCAUUAAACGUAUGUAUAGCCAUAUAGACAGGAACAGAUGAUGAUACCAGGUUACAGGUUAGAUCUGUGGAGAGGCAACCCCGCUCACAGGAGGAAUAAAUGCAAGAAACAUAAGUCUUUCAAGGUAGAGCAAUAACCCUGUCACGGAAACAUGUAGAUGGUGGAGCCUCUACCAGAAAAGUUACACAGUGCACCUUUAACUAAGAGGUUAUGGUUAGAGUUUCUUAGCCUGAAUUAUUCUUUAUAAACUACAGUAUUUGUUCAUUGUGGCUCUUUUGGUUAAGGAUAUUAAAAGUGUAGUUAUAGAUUAUUACUCUAUACAACGCCAUAACUACAUGAAACUGUUUUUGGUACCAUGAAUGUUUUGUUUCUGAAAAAUGUGGAGCCAUGAAAAGCAGUGCAGCCAUAACCCAACUGGGAAACUAGUCAAAAUAUAUAAGUUUAUUAUCAAAGCCAAUUAUCAAGGUCCUAUAAUACGUUUUAUUCUGGAUUUUUCAAAAACUAGGUUAGGUUUCGCCUUUGUUGUCCAUGUAGAGAACCAUUAAUCAUUUAAAAGUGCAUUAUGUAACUUUUCUGAUGGAGGGUCUGCUGUCUGCUUGUCUCCAUGGUGAUGUCAUUGCUUUCCCUGAAAUGUUCCACAGUGACUUUAUACAUACUCGUCUACCAUUUAUUCAUUACGGGUGCUCAAAAAUACCAUAAAUCUUUCUGUGAAUAGGGACGACUCUCCACAGAUCUGAACUGUGAUGUAGUGUAGUGCUGUAACCUGCUUGUCUAAUUCACGCUAGAUAUGUUUAAUCUAUACUGUGGAACAUUCUAGACAAAGCAAUAACAUUUCCACGGAGACGACCAGAAAUGUUACACAGUGUAUCACAUGUUUUAUAAUUUAUAUUUACUUUGUAUGUAAAACAAGUAAAAAUACCCCUGACUUCUGAGCCUUUUGAUGAUGAAAACUACAUUAUAAAAAGUUGUUUUGCAUAAUAUAGGACCUAAAAUUGCAUUUGUUUAUUUAAUUGUAAUAUUGUAAUAGCCUAAUAGUGUUUUAUACAGUGAUAUAACAAUAGUUUUCAGUUAUCUGUUGUUAAUGUCCUUUCAGCUGAUUCACUUUUAUUCAUGGGUUUGAGCGCCAUUUUGAGGACUUUACACCAUUCAGAAGGUAGAUUUUUUUUUUAUUGUCAGUUGCUAUGGUAACAGUCCCAAUCUUUCAUCAUUUUCUAUUAAUGUAUUUCUAUUAUGAAUGUAUUUAGCACAUCAACACGCUUGUUCCAUUAUGUAUUUGGUCCUAUUACAAACACAAUAUUUAUUUUAACAUGGCGGCAUUUCUUUAAAGCUGCAUUGUGUAACUUUUCCGGUGGAGGUUCUGUCAAAUGCUUUUCUCCAUGGGGAUGUUACUGUGUCAUCUGGAAUGGUCCACAGUAUGGCAUUAAAGCUUUCAAUCUUCAUGGAGACCAAACCAGACCAAGUUACAGAUCUGUUUUUCACGUGUAAUUGAAUAAAUGUAAGGCAGAUCUGUUUAAUGUCAUACUGUGGAACAUUCCAGGCAAAGCGAUAACAUCUCCAUGGAAAUAAGCAGGUUCUCCUUCACCAGAAAAGUCACGCCGUGUACCUUUAAGCUUUGUUAAAUCGACCAACGCUAUAAUAUUUUUGUCAUCACCUACCUCUGAUUCAGUGUCAUUCUAAACAUUUGAAGUUGACUUUGUUGGUGUUGAAAUAAGAUCGUUCUGUUCUUAGUAGACUCGCACUCCCAGUUUGACUAUUUACACGAUAUUGUCUGUAUACAGUUGUUAAUACUGCCUUAUUCUCUCUGUUUAAUUGUACUAAAACCAGGUGCAGGUCAGUAGCCUCAGUGAAAGACUAAACUAAUAUUUUUGUUUCACAUUUAUAAGCCUUACACAGAACUAAAACAGGUUUUAGACAGUUUUUCAUGAAUGGAUAUAUUCUGAUGUAGCGCAACUUUAGAUGAAGAACAAUAAAGACCUUUGAGUAUUUAUCAGAAA